AUGAUUCUAAUUUCGUAAUUUUUUCAAAAAUUAUAUUAAAAGAUUUCCAUUACCUAUGCUCCAAAAACCAAUAAAUCAAAGAAAAUUUCCAAAAAGAUUGCAGACAGAAAGAAGAAUCCUCUCUUUGUUAAGGAUGCUAAGAAUUUUAGAAUUGGAAAUGACGUUCAACCAAAGCGUGAUUUAUCAAGAUAUGUGAGAUGGCCUCGUUACAUCCUACUCCAUAGAUAAAAAAAGAUUUUAUUAUAAAGAAUCAAAGUACCUGCAGCUAUUCAUUAAUUCAGCAAAACUCUUGAUAAAAACUAAAGUUCCAAAAUUUACUUUUAGUUAAGAAAAUAUUCUCCAGAGACAAAAACUGAAAAAAAGCAUAGAUUAAUCAAAGCAGCAGAAUAAAAAACCUAAAAUUAAAAACCUGAUAGCAAAAAAGUAAAUGUUCUUAAAUUUGGAUUAAAUCAUGUGACAACUUUAGUCGAAACCAAAAAAGCUAAAUUAGUUCUCAUCGCCUAUGAUGUCGAUCCAAUUGAAUUAGUAGUUUGGUUGCCACAAUUAUGCAGAAGGUAAGAAGUACCAUUUGCAUUUGUUAAAAAUAAGGCUAGAUUGGGCACUUUGGUUCAUUAAAAAAGUGCCACUUGUGUUGCUUUGACUGAAGUGAGAAAAGAAGAUUAAGCUGAAUUUGAUAACUUAGCUAGAGACUUAAGAUAACACUAUAACGAGAAUCAUGAAUUAUUGAGAACUAUAGGAGGUGGUCAAGUCGGAAUCAAGUCUAGACAUUAAUAAGAGGCUUUGAAGAAGGCUUUCGAGAUAGAGGAACUCAAAAAAACAAGCUAAUGAUGUUUAUUAUUAAAAU